UGAAGAAAAUGAGAAUGAAGUCUCUGCAGUUUACCUUCCUGUUGGGUGUUCUUUGUCUCAGCGGCUUUGUUGAAAGUGCAGAUUUGAUCAAAUUUAAAGGUGAAAAUGCAACCAUGAAGUGUCACAUCUCUGAGGAACAGGUGAUGGGAGUGUCUCUGUACACCCGGCAUGAGGAUGAGCUGCAAGUCGUAUACUACCAUAUGAUGUCAGAUAAAUUAACUAUUAAGUCUUCUUAUGAAGGACGUGUUAAAGCCAAAUUUGAAGGCAAGACUCUGACUGUAGACAUCUUGAACCUGCAAAUGAAAGAUGCCGGUGCCUACUGGUGCAAGUGCAGUCUUCUAUUGACUCGUGUGUGUAAAAUGGAUCAGUCUGGUGUUCUUCUUAUGGUUCGUGACCGAAAAACAGAGCAAGUUGCUGCUUCCACUGCUGCUUCAAAGCCUGGAGGCAUAUACAGCUUUCUGGUCCCAGUGGUGGCUGUGACUGCCAGCAGUGUGAUUGUACUCUUGUUUCUGGUACUGGGAGUGUGGAUCGUGCCCAAGAUUAAGGAGAUGAGAAUAACCGCAGAACAGGGAAAAAGGUCUAUAAAUGAAGUGUACGAGGUCAUGACUGUGAAGAGGGAGUACAGAUGAGAAAUCAACACAGUGAUCUCAGGUUCUGGGCUGAUGUUUUUGUGUGUGUAGGUGUGAUAUUAUCAUCAAACAUUGUUACAUGACAGCAACUCACUGAAAUUUAUCUCUUCAGGGGUUAAAUUAUUGUUAUUAUCAAUAUAAUAGCCUGAAAGAAUGCAAACCUUUUGUUAUUUUGACCAAUUUUGUCAUUUUAUGCUGUAAAGGCCAUUAGGGCAUUAUUAUUUUUACAUUUAAUUUGAAAGAAUGUCAUAAGUAUUUGACAGAUAUAUAUAUAAAUAUAAUAUAUAUAUAAAUUUCUUGUUUAUAUACAGAUGGAAAUAUAUGAGUAAAUAAAGAAAAUGUAUAGAGAAAUAUAUAUACACUUAAAUAUAACAUUUAUUUUUGUACUGUUAGUGAGUUCUAUCAGAUUUGAGUUUUGUUUGUAUAAUCUACCUUUGUUGAUAAAUUCAUUCAUUUUCUUUUUCGGCUAAGUCCCUUUAUUAAUCUUGGGUUGCCACAGUGGAAUGAACCGCCAACUUAUCCAGCAUAUGUUUUACGCAGCUGAUGCCCUUCAAGCUGUAACCCAUCACUAGGAAAAACCCGUUCACUCUCAUUCACACACACACACUACGGAUAAUUUAGCUUAUUCAAUUCACCUAUAGCGCAUGUCUUUGAAACCGGAGCACCCGGAGGAAACUCACAUGAACACGGGGAGAACAAUCAAACUUCACACAGAAAUGCCAACUGGCCCAGCUGAGGCUUGAACCAGCGACCUUCUUGCUGUGAGGUGACAGUGCUAACCACUGCGCCACCGUGUCAAUCGAUCUGUUGAUAUAUCAUUUUACAAAUUCAGAAAAAAUCUGUUCUAUCCUCUUCUGUUCUGUGUGUAUUAAAUAUGAGUUUUAUUCCGUUUUAAUGAGGUGUAAGUUGUUUAAAAACCUGAAUGUAUAGUUUCACCAGUGCGCAUUGCUAUACAAGAACAAAAAUAACAAGACAACAAAAAACAGGAUGUGAAAAUGUCCCUUAGUUUCAGUCUGUGCUGUAUAUGUGACUUGCGGUCUGUAGUCUGCUUCAAGUGUCCUUUUGCACAUUCUGCUUCUCAGAUGAAUAUGCAGACAUUUUCCUGUGGCGUAGCAUGUUCAAGACCACUUAUGAGCAAGCCUGCAUCUCCUUAAGAGAAGCUCACCAAGUGUCAUCUAACUUUAGUCCCCCAAAGCAUAAAGAUCGAAACUUCAAGUGUGAGAACCACAUUGGAGAGUUACCAGAAGUCAGAAGACACAGAAAAUGUCAGCUUAAGAGUCUUUGCCAAAUCAGUUUGUCUUUGUUUAUAUGUUAUUUCUUUACAUAAAUGACUUGUUGUAUAGACUGUACAUUGAAAAUGACAUGUAGUUCCCAUCAGGAGAAUGUCAAAAAUAAAGAAAUCUGUAAAUAAACGUAUUUUUUUAAAGUAA